AUGCGCGCCAACAAUUUCUUCUGCACUCUGCUUAGACUUAUAUCCUUCUUUGGGGUCGCAGGGGGAUUUAUCGCCGACUUGUCUAUGUUGGCUUUCACUGGCACGCCGAGGGGUCAGGUCAUCUCUUUCAAUGGACUUGAUCUUUACAUCGCGAUGCCUGCCAAUCAAAGCGGCAAAGCUCCUGGAACAAUCAUAACCAACCAAUACGGCGUCUUGUUACUAACCGAUGUUUUCGGAAUCCAGUCAACUGAGAACAAACUGCUUGUUGACAGCUUCGCUCGCGCGGGCUACGUAACAGUUGCGCCAGACCUGUUUGAUGGCAAACCAAGGCCCGAGGAUCCAAAAGCGGACUUCAACGCGACCGAGUUCUUUGGGGCCCAUGGUCCGGAAGUGACAGACCCGAAGGUCGCAAAGGCAGUUUCGUACCUGCGUGAGCAAAUGGGCGUUCAGAAAAUUGCAUCUACAGGAUACUGCUUUGGCGGUCGUUAUGCUUUCCGUGUUCUUGGGAUCCCCGAUAACAAAGGGGUACAGGUGGGCUUCGCCGCUCACCCAAGUCAACUUGGAGACGAAGAAAUAAAAGCCAUUAACGGACCAGCGAGUUUAGCUGCUGCUGAGGCCGACACCGGCAUGAAGGCCGCAAGGCGAGCUGAGAUUGAGGCAGCUUUGGGGACCACAGGUCAGCCGUUUACUAUGACACUCUAUGGAGGGACGCCACAUGGGUUCGCUACGCAUCCCAACCUCAAUAACCCUGUGCAGAAGGCUGCCAAGGGAGACGCAUUUGUGCAAGCCGUACGGUUCUAUGAGACAUGGCUAUGA